UUCGAACGCGCUAUUGGCGGAAAUUAGUUCCGGUUUAGUUCACCGCGUUUGUGUAGGAACACAAUAUCAGAAAGUAAUGAAAUAUUUAGCAGUUUGGUUUAGCGGGUAAAAUGUCUGGCUUCAGCCCUGAGCUCAUCGAUUACUUGGAAGGUAAAAUAUCUUUCGAGGAGUUUGAGAGGAGACGAGAGGAGAGACUCGCCUCGGAACCAUUGCCCGGUGAUACAGACGAUCCAAAUGUACCGACCACGUCGGGGGGAACCCUCCCAGAAGCUGUUGCCUCCAAUGAGGAGGAGGAGGAGGAAACCUCAGACGGUGUUAGUAAGUCAGUCCACCGGGCAUUUGCCUCUAUGAUUGGAGAAGGGGACAGAACAGGGGAUGAUGAUGAUGAAGAAGAAGAAGAAGAGGAGGAGGAGGAGGAGGAGGAAGAACAUGGAGAACAUCAAGUCCAGCCUCCCUCUGCUGGAGAUGUGUUUGCCUUGGAAAUGGAGCUUAACAGAGAAAACAAAAAGAUGAUGAGGGAGAAAAGGCCGCGUAGUAAACUCCCUAAGGUGCUGAGAGGCCUCAUGGGUGAAGCCAACAUUCGAUUUGCGCGGGGGGAAAGCGAGGAAGCCAUUUUGAUGUGCAUGGAGAUCAUCCGCCAAGCUCCCCUCGCCUAUGAACCCUUUUCAACCCUGGCCAUGAUAUACGAAGAUCAGGGGGACAUGGAGAAAUCUCUGCAGUUUGAACUGAUCGCUGCCCAUCUGAAUCCCAGCAACACGGAAGAAUGGGUUAGGCUGGCAGAGAUGUCCUUGGAACAAGACAACAUCAAGCAAGCCAUCUUCUGCUACGGCAAAGCGCUUCGAUACAACCCAACCAACGUACGCUUUCUGUGGGAGAGGUCAAGUUUGUACGAACAAAUCGGAGAGCACAAGUUGGCCAUGGAUGGAUAUCGACGCAUCCUGAAUCUCUUAUCGCCUACUGACGGGGAGCGUUUUAUGCAGCUGGCGAGAGAUAUGGCCAAAACCUAUUAUGAAACAAACGAUAUUGCAUCUGCCAUUGGCACCAUCGAGGAAGCCCUUUCUAAACACCAGAACCUCGUCGCAAUAGAAGAUGUCAAUAUCGCGGCCGAGUUGUACCUCUCUAAUAAACAGUACGAUAAAGCACUUGAUGUGAUAACACAGUUUUCAGGCAUUACGUUAAGUAAGAGUGAAACGGACGUACUGAAUAGCGCUGAAUCUGUGGUAUGCCAUAUUCCCGAUGGGGUUCCUAUUGAUAUCACAGUCAAAAUGAUGUUGUGCUUAAUUCACCUCAACAUACUUGAACCAGUUUAUCCAUUGUUGACCUUUCUUAUGGAGCAAAAUCCUGAGGAAGUGGGUGAUUUGUAUCUGGACGUUGCCGAAGCUUUUCUUGAUGUUGGUGAAUACAAUUCCGCAUUACCGCUUCUUAGCGCUCUUGUGUGCUCGCUAAAAUACAACCUUGCUGUUGUUUGGCUUAGACAUGCAGACUGUCUGAAAGCAUUGGGGCACAUGGAGAAAGCUGCUGAGAGUUAUAGCAAAGUUGUGGACAUGGCACCUCUUCAUUUAGAUGCUAGAAUAUCACUUUCUACUCUCCAGCAGCAACUUGGACAUCCAGAGAAAGCAUUAGAAGCUCUAGAGCCAAUGUAUGAUCCAGAUACAUUAGCCCAGGAUUCCAAUGCUGCACAGCAGGAACUUAAGCUUCUACUUCAUCGCUCCACCCUUCUUUUUUCUCAGGGUAAAUUAUAUGAUUAUGUAGAUACACUGCUCACUAUGCUCGCCAUGCUCUUAAAAAUUGCCAUGAAUCGGGCACAGGUUUGUUUGAUCUCGAGUUCCAAAUCCGGAGAGCGACAUUUAUACCUUCUCAAAGUAUCCAGAGAUAAAAUGUCUAAUAACGAUGACCAGGAUGUAGCAAACUCCGAUGGAAAAUCCAUUUUUACCGUACUUACAAGCGUUUUAACCAAGGAUGACUGGUGGAGCCUUCUUGUAAAGACAGUUUUAGCCUUGGGCGACCUUUCUCGGUUUAAAGAAGCGGAAUUGCUCGUCGAUUCGUCAUUGGAGUAUUAUUCGUUUUACGAUGACCGCAUGAAGAGGAAGGAGUUAGAAUAUUUUGGCCUUUCUGCUGCCAUUCUCGACAAGAACUUUAGAAAAGCGUAUAACUAUAUUCGAAUAAUGUUAAUGGAAAAUGUGAAUAAGCCACAGCUAUGGAACAUCUUCAAUCAGAUAACUAUGCACUCCCAGGAUGUGAGGCAUCACCGUUUUUGUUUAAGGCUGAUGUUGAAAAACCCUUCCAAUCUUGCACUGUGUGUUCUUAGUGGGCACAAUGCAUUCGUUUCUGGAAGCUUCAAGCAUGCUCUUGCUCAGUAUGUCCAAGCCUUCAGAAUGGAAAUGAAUGAUCCGCUGCAUAGCCUUUGUAUAGGAUUGACUUUUGUUCAUAUGGCGUCCCAAAAGUUUGUGCUAAAAAGGCACGCUCUGUUGGUGCAAGGCUUUUCAUUCCUCAAUCGAUAUCUUAAACUACGCGGCCCUUGUCAGGAGUCAUACUAUAACAUGGGGCGUGCAUUGCAUCAAAUGGGCCUUGUUCAUCUCGCAAUUCAUUACUACCAGCAAGCCCUCGAGCUUCCACCUCUUGAACUAGAAGGAAUGGAAUUGGACCAGUUAGACCUUAGAAGAGACAUUGCCUUUAAUUUGUCCCUCAUUUACCAGAACAGUGGCAAUCUAGAAAUGGCACGCAGACUUUUGCAUCAAUAUUGCGUCAGCUGAUUCAUAUGCUAUAGAGCAGCUGUUCAAAUAAGAAGUUCAAAUUUCAUGUUAUUUAUGUUUAAUGUGUAAAUAAAGUUUAGCACUUCAUGAAAAUAUUCA